AUGGCUAGCUUGAGACUACUCGUCCUUGCCGUGGCAUUGUCCGGCAUCUCUUCCGUUGCCUGCCUCGGGACCGCUGCUGUCGAGAAUUGGUGUGAUGUCGAGGUCUAUAUCUGGAGUAUUGCAAAUGUCCCCAACGACACAACUAAUUAUCUGGAGCCAAAUAUCGGCAGCUACAACGAGACAUAUCGAGUUAACCCCAACGGUGGAGGCAUCUCGUUGAAGAUUGCGACGGUUACCGAUGAUUCGUUCAUCACGCAGUUCGAGUACACCUAUCACCCUGACAAUCCGAUACUGGCGUAUGACAUCUCGAAUAUUAAUGGGUAUCCGUUCGAAAACUGGGGCCUCUACCUCUCACCGUCUUCCGGCGACUGCUCGAGCAUCACCUGCGACCCUGGCGUGGCGCUUUGCCCAGAUGUUUACAAUCAGCCACAUGAUGACUUUGCCGUCAAAUCCUGUGACGUGUCGGCCAACUUGACUCUCACUUUGUGUCCUCCUCAAACCACAUCAUUAGAGGCGGCCACAGUAACUGUGACGACGACCGACUCCGGGGGCGAUGCCAUCCUGACUACUCUCGCGACGACCAUUACUUCGGUUGGACCCGUGACUACAUCUCAAGGCACACUACCCGAAACUGUUACCGUGGACUCAGAAAGCUCUUCCACGACCGCGACGACGACAAACCUAGAGCCUGUUGUCGUGACUUUAAUGACAACAGACACCGCCGGCGAUCCUACCUUGACCACCCUGACGACGACCAUUACGUCGGUCGGGCCGGUGGUCACCUCUCAGGAUACAGCAUCAGAAAUUGUCACUACGGACCCGGCCACCACGAGCAUGAUCACUAUCAGUUCAGAAACCAUACUAAGAGCCUCAGAGACGACGGACGCUGCUGGUCAACUUUCGCUGACCACACUCACCACAGUAAUUGCAGUUACUACCCUGGAUUAA